AUGAGCCUCACAUACGGAGUCGGCGGCCUCGGGUCCUUUGUGACCAUUGUUGGAGCUUAUAUGCUCUUCACUGGCAGCGGCGAGGAUUUCAAUGUCGGCGCGUUUUUGGAGUCGGUAUCGCCCUAUACCUGGGCUAGCAUGGGUAUCGCCCUGUGUAUUGGCUUCUCGGUUGUUGGAGCCGCAUGGGGAAUUUUCAUCACCGGAUCGUCCAUUCUCGGUGGUGGUGUCAAAGCCCCUCGUAUCCGAACCAAGAACUUGAUUUCCAUCAUCUUCUGCGAAGUCGUCGCCAUCUACGGUGUCAUCAUGGCCAUUGUCUUUUCCGCCCAGGUUAACAGCGCGACCGGCGCUGCGCUUUACGAAGCCGACUCAUACUAUACUGGUUUUGCUCUGUUUUGGUCUGGAAUCACCGUCGGUCUUUGCAACCUGAUUUGCGGUGUCGCUGUUGGUAUCAAUGGCAGCGGCGCAGCACUCGCAGAUGCUGCUGACCCGUCUCUCUUUGUCAAGAUCCUCGUCAUUGAGAUUUUCUCCUCCAUCCUGGGUCUGUUUGGACUAAUCAUCGGUCUUCUCGUCUCAGGUAAGACUACAGGAUUCGGCAAAUAA